CCAAAAUUCACACAGAUGACUAAUGAGGCAGCGCACUCGUAAGUCGCGGACAAGUUCACUGCGCUCUGCUCCUCCAGUACUCUCUUAUUAUUCAUCAUUCUAAUCCACAACGUCAAUGGAGGAAAGCAUCAGUCUUGAGGAGACGAACAAGAUUCGUAUCUCUCUCGGUCUCAAGCCUCUCACAGAUGAUUCUGCACCAGUCGACGACAAAGAGAAGCAAGCAGAAGAUAAUUAUGCAAAACAGCGCGAACGACAGGCGAAAGAGAAGGAAACAAAGCAAAUAUUUGACCGGAUAGCGAAGGUGAGGAACAGACGAGAACUCCAUGCUUCCCUCAAGGGUACAACACUUGGUGAUCCCGACGGCGAUACAGAAGAUACCCUGAAGUGGAUCAAAAAAGCCAAGAAGCGCGACAAGGAGCUGGCGCAGAAAAGGCAGCAAGAGCUUGAGAACUUGGACAGAGCCUUUCAGGGUGAUGAAUAUACGGAAAAGGAUUUGGUUGGUCUCAAAGUCAGCCACGACUUUGAAGACCUCGGAGAAGGCGAUGCCCGUAUUCUCACAUUGAAAGAUAGCCGCAUCCUUGACAAUGAAGAGGAUGAACUUCAGAAUGUUGAGAUGGCCGAAGAAGAGCGCACUCGCAAGAAUAAUGAACUGAAGAUUAAAAGACGGGAUUACACCGGUUACGAUGAUGACGAAUUCGGAGAUGGCAAAGCUGGAACGAAAAGAUCAAUUUUGGCGAAAUAUGACGAGGAUAUUGAAGGUCCUCGGGAAACUGAUUUCCGUUUGGGCAAUUCUGUUACAUCUACCACGCUUAGUGGCGUUCAGGCGAAACAAGAACUAGCAGGCGUAAAUAAGUCUUUACUGUCUAUAGAUUACACCAAAAAUUUGGAAACUCGUGAUUACCUGCAAGAAGGAGAUAUAGGGUUCAAGAAGCCGAAAACCAAGAAGAAACGUUCAUCACGUCGCGCCCCCAUUGAUGGCGAUGAGAAUAUUAUGGAGAUUGAUGUUGAUGAGAAAACGAUUGUGCCUAGGCCACGUGAGUUAGACGCCAACUUUGUCGAUGACGAUGAGCUACAAGCUGCACUUGCUCGGUCCCGAAGAGCGAAGAUUCACAAACCCAAGAAGUUAUCUCCGGAAGAGAUCGCUCGUAAAGUCGCAGAAGAACGUAACCGAGAGCAAUCGAGCCAAGCAGAUGAUACUUUACAGAUGGACGACGCAGAGGAUGGCGAUGCCAAUGGUUUGACAUUCGACGAUACCUCGGAAUUCGUUCGGGCUAUCUCAUACAACACGACUGUAGUGAAGUCAGAGCCUGCAGAGGAAUCAGUAGAGCCCACCCCUGCCAAACAGAUAUCACCCUCUGACCUUUCAGUGGCUGCAGGCGACGAGGCUCUCGACGAAAUUGAAGCUGGUGAGGUUGUUAAGGAAGAGGAGUACGAAGAUAUGAUGGAAGUCAUCGCUGAAGCGGAGGCGAAAACUGCCGCAGUAAACGACGACGUCGAGGUCGGGACAUCAGGCGAAAAGAUGUUCGGCUCUGGUAUGGGGGCCACUCUUUCACUUCUUCGGCAGCAGGGUGUAUUGGCGAUGCCAUCGGUAGAUCAGACCGCGCGAGAGUCUGUUCAGUUACAUAGGGAUCGAUUCCUCGCUGAAUAUCGUCAUCGACAAACCCAACGCGAAACGGAUCGCUUACACAAGAGGCUCGCGCACAAGCUGGAGCUAUUCAAGGACUACAAGCCUGACGUAGAAAUUGUCUAUUACGACGAGUAUGGCCGUGUGCUAACCCCGAAGGAGUCAUGGAAAGCAUUGUCCCACAAAUUCCAUGGCAAGGGAUCCGGCAAGAUGAAGACAGAGAAGAGGCUGAAGAAAAUUGCGGAGGAGAAGAAGCAAGCUGCUAUGGCAAGUGGUGAUACCCCCCUUAGCAUGAACCGUGCCUUCCAGAUCCGUCAGGAGAAAACUGGCCAAGCUCACUUCGUACUGUCUGUGGGUAACAGAGGUGCUGUCCCUCAAGCGUCCGAGUUCUUGGACCCUCAGCCGCUGUCAAAGGGCAAGACUGAAAAGACGAAGAGCAAAAAGAAGGACUCGGGGAAGGCCGGUGCUCCAUUGCUUGAAUCCACUGGUUUCAUGACACUGCCGGCGCCGCAUUUGCAGUCCCACCUCAAUUCCCAAAGUCCUGCCCCAUCCGGAUUUUCAUCUGUUAUGCCUCCUAGUGGAUCGAACUCACCUCCAGUCAUGAAGCCAGGCUUUUCUCGUAUAUCGUCAGCUGCAGAUACGCCGACACAAACAGGUACUCCUGUGCCGUCAGACCGGACGAAGGUGGCCUUUGGCUUUGGAGCGAAGAGGAAAGCAGAGGACUUUAUGGAUCUACCUCCCUCCAAGAGACGAUGAGUUUAAUUAAUAUUUUGAUGUAAUUAUUUCCCGCUCUCGUUUAUCACUUUCGGAAUAUAUGGCAUAGGGUGCCCAUAAUAUCGUGAACUUCUUCGUUCAUGAUCGUUGAAA